GUCAUCGCAAAGAUGGCGAUUCAGUGAGAGGACCCAUGCUUGUUUGUUGAUAAGUCAUUUUGGGGAUUAUUCAGCUCAGAAAGACUGGUGGACAGACGAAAAAUGUCACGGCUGAUUGUAAAAAAUCUCCCGAAUGGGAUGAAGGAGGAGCGGUUCCGUAAAAUGUUCUCGGCCUUCGGGACGCUGACAGAUUGCGGGCUGAAGUUCACCAAAGACGGCAAGUUCCGGAAAUUUGGCUUUGUGGGAUUUAAGUGCGAGGAAGAUGCAGAAAAGGCACUGAAACAUUUCAACAAAAGCUUUGUGGACACAUCCAGAGUGACGGUGGAGUUCUGUACAGAUUUAGGAGACCCCAACAAAAGCAGACCUUGGAGCAAGCACAGUCGCCAGGCUGAGAAACCAAAGGGUGAACAGAAACAGGAAAAAGGAGAGAACAAAGAUGAGAAGGGAAAGAAGUCAAAAAAGCCAGUUACCCUUCUUGGAGAACUGGAAGAAGAUCCAGGCUUCCAGGAGUUUCUGGCUGUGCACAAAAAACGCACACAGGUGCCAACGUGGGCUAAUGACUCUGUAGAAGCUGCGUCUGCUGCAACAGAGAAGAACAAAAAGCAAGAAAAGAAGAAAGAGAAGAACAGUGUCGGUGACGACUACUUAAACUUUGACUCUGAUGAGUCGGAGGAGAUGAGCGACAAUGAGAAUGAUGAGGAUGCUUCUGAGGAGGAAGAUGAUAAUCAGGAUACUACCAGGGAGGCACUGAAGGAAGGCCUGUCUGAUAUGGAUUAUCUUCGCUCCAAAAUGGUGAAGAAAUCAGACAUGGUGGAUGAGAAAGAGGACGAUGAUGAGGAUCAUGAUGAGGAGGAAGAGGAGGAACAGGAAGAGAAACGUCCAGCCAAGCAGACUGACAGUGCAUAUGAGAGUGGUGACAAGUACAAAACCCAGAAAGUCACAAAAUUCCAGAAUAAGAUUGAACCCACUACAGAUUUCACUAUUAAGCUACGUGGAGCUCCGUUCAACGUUAAAGAGCAACAAGUGCGAGAGUUUAUGAUGCCUCUGAAGCCUGUUGCCAUUCGCUUUACAAAGAAUGAAGAUGGCCGCAGCUCUGGUUAUGUGUAUGUGGACCUGCAAUCAGAAGCAGAAGUGGAGCGAGCUCUUCGACUCAACAGAGACUAUAUGGGGGGGCGCUAUAUUGAAGUUUUUCGUGUCACAAACUUCAAAGACAAAAGAGGAAAAAAAGAAACUUUGCAGGAGAAAAAAUUUGUCUCUGAUCUGAAGGAAGAUGAAGAAGAAGAGGACGUGGCCGAGUCAGGGCGGCUCUUUGUGCGAAACUUGCCUUACACGUGCACUGAAGAGGAACUGAAAGAGCUUUUCACUAAACAUGGUCCUCUCUCUGAGCUCCAUUUUCCUAUUGACUCUUUGACUAAGAAACCCAAAGGCUUUGCCUUUGUCACCUUCAUGAUUCCUGAAAACGCAGUGACUGCCUUAGCACAGCUGGAUGGCCAUAUAUUCCAGGGCCGGAUAUUGCAUGUCAUACCAUCAAGAAUAAAAAAGGAGAAUCCAGAACAAGGGCCCAAUGCUCCAGGCAGCUCUUCCUAUAAGAGGCAGAAGGAUGCCAAAGACAAGGCAGCCAGCAGCAGCUCUCAUAAUUGGAACACAUUGUUUCUUGGCACAAGUGCAGUAGCUGAUGCCAUUGCUGAGAAAUACAACACAACCAAAAGCCAAGUCCUUGAUCAUGAGUCACAGGGCAGCCUGGCUGUGAGGAUGGCCCUUGGGGAGACUCAGAUUGUCCAGGAAACCAGACAGUUCCUGCUAGACAAUGGCAUAUCUCUGGAUUCAUUCAGUCAGGCUGCUGGUCAGCACAGUAACUCUGUCAUGCUGGUGAAGAACUUGCCAUCAGGAGUCCAGGUGGAGGACUUAGAGGCUCUGUUUUCCCCUCAUGGCUCUCUGGGGAGAGUACUGCUUCCCCCUGCUGGACUCACUGCCAUAGUGGAGUUCCUGGAGCCCACUGAAGCCAAACGUGCUUUCACCAGACUUGCAUACACUAAGUUUCAGCAUGUUCCGUUGUAUUUAGAGUGGGCUCCAGUGGCGGUCUUCUCAACACCUAAAGCACGUAAACCAGAACCUGAGGCUGUGAGUAAAGCUGGUGUAGGUGAGCAAACAGACAAACAGAAACAGGAGGAGGAAGAAGAAGAAAAAGAGGAGGAGGAUGAAGAAGAGAGCCUGCCUGGCUCAACACUGUUCAUUAAAAACCUCAACUUCAGUACCACGGAGGAGACACUGCAGGAGACGUUCUCCAAAUGUGGAGUUGUGAAAAUUUGCACUAUAUCCAAGAAGAGAGAUAAAGCAGGCAAACUGUUAUCUAUGGGCUAUGGCUUUGUACAGUACAAGAAGCCUGAAGCGGCUCAGAAAGCCAUGCGACAGCUACAGCAUUGUAUGGUUGAUGAGCAUCAGCUUGAGUUGAAAAUCUCAGAAAGAGGAUUAAAGUCUGGUGUGGCAACCACUAGCAGGAAGAAGCAGAAAGCUAAGAAACAGACGACAUCAAAGAUCCUGGUGCGAAAUGUCCCCUUCCAGGCUACAGUAAAGGAGCUGAGGGAGCUUUUCUGUACUUUUGGGGAGUUGAAGACUGUUCGCCUACCAAAGAAAGGAGUUGGUGGAGCUCACCGUGGCUUUGCCUUUGUGGACUUUAUCACAAAGCAGGAUGCAAAGAAAGCCUUCAUGGCACUGUGCCACAGCACUCACCUGUACGGCAGAAGGCUGGUGCUGGAAUGGGCUGAGACAGAGGAGAGUGUGGAAGACCUGAGGAGGAAAACGGCUCAGCACUUCCAUGAUGCACCUAAGAAACGGAAACAGGCCAAGGAUUUGGAGGAGAUCCUGGAGCAGAUGGAGGUCAAGGAGGGAGAUUAAUGAACAGCAGCUAAUCAUCCAUGUGGCAACAAGAACAGAACCAGCUCCAGAAGAAACCUUGAUCCUGAUAUUGGCAAGAAAGGAACAGCAGCAUGAGUUAAGAAGUUGUUUACAUUGGUUUAAGCUUCGACUCAGAACCAUAGAGCACAUGUACACAGGACUCAUUUGGACACAGAAUGGAAACCAUGAACUGUUCUUAUGUUUUAAAAAUGACUCACAGAUUUGUACUCUGUGUGGACUUUGUAGGGUUUGACUGUAUCCCAAAACUAUCAGAUUCUCCAUUAAAUGUUGUAAAAGUUGAUUUGGAACAUUUGUACAUACAGUAUAUCUGAGUUUCUAAGUCAUGUUUAUGUAUUACAGACUUUUUUUCAGUUUAUGCAAGUAAUUACUGCAUUAGAGCAUUCUGUAUUUAUUGGAAAAGAAAUGUUUUUUGUCUAUAAAAAAAAAUGUGUAAUUUGUGUACUGUGCACUUCAACCUUUGAUCUUUAGUUUUAAGCAACCAAGACUAGAACUAUGAACUCCUUUAAUAUGAGGAGGAAAGGGCUGUACAGAACAAACAGCAGAUUAUGGAAAUGUUUUUCAUAAAAUAUUUGAAAGUCAUUUUACAUGAAUGCUGGCAUAGAAUUUUUAGUGUAAAAUGCAAAAUAGCGGAAUACAUAGAAAAUAAUCCGA